ACCGACAAUGUUAAGUGUUUACCUCCGGGCUCCCAAGUUUUAUUGAAUUUUUAGUUUUCUCACAAAAGGAACUCAAAUUGUCAACAAAAUGGAAACCGCCUAGUUGAUUUCUAUAUUUUAGUGAAUGAGUUUUUAUUCAUUCAACUAUGUCUUCAAACGACAGUGACGACGCCAGUGACCUGGAAGCUUGUCCCGCAAAAAAAAUCAGAUUAAGCAAUUCCAACAAUGCUUAUUUAGUGGACUACAACAAGCCGCAUUGUUCUAAAUUUUUACCAGAAUUUGUAGUACAAAAAAAAGAACAUAAUAUCCACGAGACUGAAAGUUAUUACGAUACGAAUAACCCCAGCACAAGCAAUAAUGUAAAUGUAUUUUUUGAAGAAUCUGACUUGGAAGACGAUCGUCCUAUAAAUAAGUUUGACGACAGUGAUAGCGAUUAUGUACAAAUUUCUGAUGGAGAAUUUGAAUUGGAAAAACCGAAAUUUCUUUCAAAAAAUCGGAACAUUCUUAAAAUUAGCGAAGAGAGUGAUUUUAUCAAAGGUUUUAACGAUGAUAAACCAACCGAUAAAAGCCAUGUAGAAGAUUUGAACAACGAUGAAGUAUAUGAUCUGUUGGACGAAGCUUUUAAAGAAAAAAAUGUCAAACCAGAUGUAAACCAAAAGAAAUCUACUAUUACUUCUAAUGACUAUAAAGAAUAUGAAAAAAUUGUAUUGGAAGAAGUUUGCAAAAAUCAUUUUGACAUUUUACCUGAAAAUUGGAUAGAGGCUACUCACAAAAGUGGUAUGCCUAUAUACUUGCACAAAAAAACAAGAGUGGUCACGCUGUCCAGACCAUAUUUCUUAGGGCCUGGAAAUCCUAAGUCGCAUCGAGCGCCUUUGUCAGCAAUUAGUUGCUUACAAUAUAGAAAAGCCCUUGAAGCUCAAGAAAAUAUAACCAGCGAAAUAGAGACCCAGGCGAGUAGACUAGGGGAUAUGAUCAUACCAAACGCCAAAGUCGAAACGGCCCAGGAAAACAUUGUAAAAGAAUCAUUAUCCCACGAGGAAUUACGUGCUUACUGCGAACUACUUUUUAAAUUCAAAAAAGUUAAACAGCUCGACGAUAACAUCCAGGAAGACAAAUUCGAAGUAGGAUACUUGGGCGAUGAGGUAGACUUAAAAACUAUGGAAAGACCUUCGUUGCCAGAUAGCACAAAGCUAAUAUCGUUUCCGUUACAAACUGAAGACGAUAAACGAUGCAGCCGAAAAAGGGAAUGGAUAAUGAAUCCAAAUGGCAAGAGCUUUGUUAGUAUAUUACAUGAGUACUUGCAACAAGCGCUGAAGACACAACCGUGGUAUGAGUUCAAAGAGCUUGACAACACCGAAACGCCCUAUUCUGCGACUGUCAUUCUCAACGAUGUACAGUAUGGCGUCGGUAUUGGAAAUAGUAAAAAACAAGCAAAAUUAAAUGCUGCUCAGGCAACAUUAGAUAUUCUCAUUCCGGAAAUGAAAAGCAAAAUUGAUUCAGAGCAGCGAAAUCAGUCCUAUCCUGUAAUAUUCGACCAAAUCAAAGUGACCGAUCCAAGAAUAACUGAAUUUUGCGCAAAAACUACCGAGCCGUCACCAUACGCCAUGUUACUAGUGUGCUUGCAGAGAAAUUUCGGAGAAUGUGACAUAAGCACACAAUAUAAAUUGAAUAACCGUCGUAGAAUGUUAAAUCAGUGUACAAUGACUGUUGGUAAACAUACGGCUUCGGUGCCGUGCAAGAACAAGAGAGAUGGAAAGCAAAAGGCUUCACAAGUCAUACUAGGAUUGUUGCAUCCUCAUAUCGACAAUUGGGGUUCGUUGUUACGUUUGUACGGCAACCGCAGUAUUAAAAAUGCCAAAGAAAAGAAACAAGAAGAACAAGAAAUCACUCAGUUGCAAAGUAAAGCAGCCGUAAAUCAACCAAACUUUGCUAUACUCAAUAAGCUGAAAGAAGAAAUGUUAAAAACCAAAAAUAAAGCAAAACUGUCUUAUGACCCUGCUGGAAAUUCAUCUAAAUCAAUGCUAGUAACUACGUGCCCUUAUAGUAUUGGUAUGUCAUCAAUUUCAAAGUCUGAAGUUGAUAUUUUAACUUAGAUAAUGCGAUGGUUUUGUAUAAAAUAAUAAUAUUAUCGACAUUUUUUCUAAAAAUAAUAACAAAAUUAUCAAAAUGUUAUUAAAAAUUACUUAGCGUUUACGACAAAUAUCUUUACGAGAAUAAUAUUAAAAAAGCUUGUGAAUUUUGUAAAUUA